AGAGGUCAUAAACAGUUUUGUCGUGAACGUUAACAGUCUCUACUAACUGAUCAGUCCCUGAUCUGGAUUACUUCAAUAAACUUUAUUGGCAACUAUAUUGUCCAUUAUGUACACGACUCAAUUGUUUAUCAUCUCCAUCGCAAUUAUUAUCGUACAUAAUAACGUACUUGCAGAAGAUAACCCGGAAGAAUGUGAGACUUUGCCUUCUGAAUUGCAUAUCAUUAAAGAGGAAUUUGACGAACUUGGACGACUUCAGAGGACAUGUAAUGGUGACAUAGCAGUGAACAAGUGUGAAGGAGCGUGCAAUUCACAAGUACAACCUAGUGUCAUUACUCCUAGUGGAUUCCUAAAAGAAUGUUAUUGUUGUCGUGAAACAUUUUUGAGGGAGAGAAUGAUCGCUCUCACACAUUGCUACGAUCCCGAUGGCGUAAGAUUGACCAGUGAUAAAUUGGCAACGUUGGAAGUAAAACUAAAAGAACCAGCGGACUGCAAAUGUUUUAAAUGCGGAGAUUUUUCCGGAUAAAUUAUGUUUUAAAAUCCAUAUAAUAUGUAGCAAUUUUUUCAUCGUAUUGUUUUAAUAGUGUUGUAAUUAUUAUUUAUGAAUUAUUAAAUAUAUAGGUAGUUUUAAAAAUUAAGUCUCUAAACGUUUUCAUGUAGGUACCUAACCUCUGUACUUGCAUACAAAUACCUACCUAUACAAUAUUAUACUGUUUAAUGUUUAUACAAUUAUACAUUAAUCGUUUCAAUGUUUUAUACUUUUAUUUUUUGAUUUAAUGUAAAAGCAUAUUAAAUAAACAUUUUUAAUAAUACUAUAAUAAUAAGAAAA